UCUCUGCCAUUUGACUUGGUACACUACUCAUCACCAUCAUUACCCCCAUCACUUUUCUCCUUUUCAAAUAUAUAUCCCCUCCUUUUCACCCAUUCAAAUACUCUCGAUCUCUUCCUUAACCAUUUCUUGAAGCAAGUAAUUAAGCUCAGACACACACACACACACACUUCCAGCGAGAUGGCGAGGGAGAUGCAGAAGAACACCAUGUUCAUAGAACAUGGCUCAGAAGCAUAUGACAACGGUGAUAUUCGGAAGAACCUCGACGAAGAUGGCCGGCCCAAAAGAACCGGAACAUGGCUAACCGCUAGUGCCCAUAUCAUAACCGCUGUUAUUGGUUCCGGCGUGCUGUCUUUGGCAUGGGCAAUAGCACAGUUGGGUUGGGUGGCCGGACCGGCUGUUCUCAUGGCUUUCUCGUGCAUCACCUACUUCACUUCCACUCUUCUGGCGGACUGUUACAGGACACCGGACCCUGUCACCGGAAAGAGAAACUACACCUACAUGGAUGUUGUGAGAGCUAAUCUAGGAGGUCGGAAGGUUCAGCUGUGUGGAUUGGCUCAGUAUCUAAACCUUGUAGGGAUUACCAUCGGUUACACUAUCACGGCAUCUAUUAGCAUGGUGGCUGUGAAGAGGUCAAACUGUUUCCACAAAAAUGGCCACCAUGUGAAGUGCAACACAUCAAACUACCCAUUCAUGAUAAUCUUCGCCUGCAUCCAAGUGGUUCUGAGCCAAAUACAAAACUUUCACAAGCUCUCGUGGCUCUCAAUCCUCGCAGCCAUAAUGUCUUUCGCCUAUUCUUCCAUAGGCCUCGGCCUCUCCAUAGCAAAAGUUGCCGGUGGUGGGGGACAUGUAAGGACAAGCUUAACCGGCGUCACGGUUGGGGUUGACGUGUCAGGGCCAGAGAAGGUUUGGAAGACCUUCCAAGCUAUAGGUGACAUUGCCUUCGCUUAUGCUUACUCCACCGUCCUCAUCGAGAUACAGGACACACUGAAAUCAAGCCCAGCAGAGAACAAGGUGAUGAAGAGGGCCAGCCUUCUUGGUGUGUCAACCACGACUAUGUUCUACGUGCUAUGCGGGUGCGUUGGCUACGCAGCAUUUGGAAACGAGGCACCGGGGAAUUUCCUCACUGGGUUUGGAUUCUAUGAACCUUUCUGGCUAAUCGACUUCGCUAAUGUUUGCAUUGCCAUCCAUCUCAUUGGUGCUUACCAGGUUUUUUGUCAGCCCUUGUUUGGGUUCGUGGAGAGGUGGUGCAAGAAACAAUGGCCCGAUAACAAGUUCAUUACGAGUGAGUACGCCAUUGACGUUCCAUUAUGUGGCAUGUACUGCCUCAACUCCUUCCGGCUAGUGUGGCGGACGGUAUACGUCAUCAUCACGGCGGUGAUAGCCAUGACAUUCCCAUUCUUCAACGACUUCUUGGGGCUGCUUGGGGCUCUCUCUUUCUGGCCGUUAACUGUCUACUUUCCCAUUGAGAUGUACAUUGCCCAGGCUAAAUUGCAAAAAUUCUCUUUCACGUGGACGUGGCUGAAGAUAUUGAGUUGGGCGUGUUUGAUAGUAUCCAUUGUCGCCGCCGCCGGAUCCAUUGAAGGCCUUGCCCAUGAUCUCAAGACAUACAAACCCUUCAAAUCUCAGCAAUAAAUCUCCAGUCACCGGCUCAAGCCUUGGUUCGGAGCAGUACGUAAUACUUUUUCCUUUGAUAAGAAUUAGUAGUCUGUCUAUCUUUUCUCUCUUAAAUUGUAUCAGAAUAAAAAAAAAGAAAAAAAAAAGGGGGGGGGGGGGGGGGGGGGGUAUUGCAAGCCUAGUUUAUCUGCAUAGAAAAGGCAUCAAUGCAGUCUCUUGCAAUGCUUCAAUCUACCAUCGGAAUUGCAACGGCCUCCUUCCAUGACCUAAAAUGAAAAAAAUACAUUCCAUAAAAUAAAAAUUACUUCUCUCUUUUUUCUAAAUUUUUUUUCUCUUAUGGAGUGUAUUUUUUGUCAUUUUGGAUAUCGAAAAGGGGACAUUACAAUUCCAAUGAUGGAUAGGGAGAAACAUUGGAAGACAUUGCAAAAAAUGAUGGUAGUGUUAGUGUUAGAGGGAGUAAAUGUAAUUUCUCUGAAGAAUUUGCUUUUUAAUACCAACUCUGCUAAGGAAAAAUAUCAUGUUGAUCUUGGAUUUGCACUUCAAAA